AUGAAUUGGACACUCUUAGUGACAGUUAACAAUGGAUAUUUUGACUUUUUCAAAAACUGGAUACAUUUCUACAGAAGAUUUAAUUUUAACUAUACGCUGAUAGUCAUAGCAGAAGACGAUAUUGUUUUCUUUAAACUACAAAAACUUGGUGGAAAAUUAAUAACGCUUGUAAGAGGUCGGCGAAAUACUUCGAGUGAGGCUGUUGUGUUUGGAAGUCGAGCGUAUGGUGAGCUGGCAUCUGGACGCCCUAGCUAUAUGCUUAGAUACCUGCAAAAUGGAGUAAAUAUUGUGUACGCAGAUUUAGAUGCUGUCUGGUUACGAAACCCUUUCCCUUACUUCAACGGAAACUUUGAAAUUUGGAUGCCGUCUGACGGGCGGCCUGGGAAUUUGUGUGCAGGAUUGAUGGCUAUUAAAAGCAGCAAAGAAACUAUAACGCUUAUGCAGGAGUGGAAAGCUUCAUUAAAUAAACAUCCUAAAGGUAACCAGUAUGCAUUCAAUCAAGUUGUAAAAUAUUCACAAGUACGCUUAAAAACUCUAGAUAUGAACCUUUUUCCUUCGGGAAAACUAUAUUUUAAAAAAUUCAAUGACGAGCAAAGAAGGAAAGUUGUAAUCGUUCAUAAUAAUUGGAUUAAAGGUCAUCCGGCAAAAUUACAACGCUUCAAAACAUAUAAGCUGUGGUUCUCUUAG